GACAGGAAGUAGCCUACUAGUUCUGGUUUGAGCAGACAAGCCAGUUCGUACGAGAUAAAAAAAAAAAAAAACAUAUGACCGGCAAUGGCCGUCCGUAGUAAAUAAUUUAUAAAGGCUGAACUCUUGAAACAUUGUUUUGUGGAAAAGUGUAACUGUCACGAAGCUCCACUGUCCAAACAUGAAGGUCCUGAACAAAGAUGAACUGCAGAUUGCUGAAGGAGUUCUGCUAAAACAGUUACCGAAGAGUCUCAAGGUCUAUGGAUUUCUGUAUGCUAUAAACAGAAACAAACCAAGUACACUGGAGGUAGUCGUUGAUACGUGGCCUGAUUUUAGGAUCAUCAUUUGCCGACCUGAUCUCAAGAACAAGCACGCGCUGGAUUUAAGGAAAAAGGUGACAUACUACAGCAUGGAUGACCAGGUGUUGAGGAAAAUGCUCUUAGGGGAGAAUGCACUUGACUGGAAAACGAAUUUCCUUGUUGGAGGAUUUGACUUUUCCCAUGCCCCCAUGCUCAAAGAAGUGUCUUCUGACAGAGGAGUUAAACACAGAUGUUAUACUUUGGUGCAUCUUCUGUAUCUGCCAGACACCAACCAUCUUGUCACAACAACAGCUGACAGUGAGCUUGAAUCACGGAUUUCAUCUCUUAACCUUUCCCAUGUUGACUUGGUGAAUAAAACCUGGAAGUUUGGAGGGGAUGAGCGGGGUUACAAUAACAUUAAGAACCUCAUUGGCAACUUCCCGUCAUGCUGCAUCACUGAUAGCCAGGGUCUGCCUGUGUCUUGGAUUCUGGUGUAUGAUUAUUGCGCCAUGGGCAUAUUGUACACUCUGCCAGAGCACAGAGGGAAAGGCUACGCCAAAGUGCUGGUCAGCACCAUGGCCAGAAGACUCCAUGCUGAGGGAUACCCAGUUUACUGCUUCAUAGAGGAGGAGAACAUGGUCUCUCUCAGGCUCUUUAAAAACCUGGGCUUCAUUGAGGAUCCCACUUACAGGGCAGCAUGGUUUGAAUUCAACUUCUGAUUUUGUUACUGGUGUGAUUUCUAACAGGUUGUGAAUCAUUAUAAACAUAACUUGUGGGUUAAUGAAUAAAAAUCUGAAUGAAAUGUAAUGUAACCGGAAUUAAGGUAAUUAUUAACACUUACUAUCGUUACUGCAGAAUGUUUCCUUUGCCUGCACAUUUUAAAGAUAUUUUAAAGAAUAAAAAUAAAGUCUCCACGGUUAUGUUGACUGUGCAUUGUCACAUUUAAAUAUGUGGUAUUACAGGUUUUACAGGCUCUCCAAAACAUUGCAUCCAAAUGUAGAUUCUAAUAAUGGGGGUAGAAGUGACAUUAACUAACAUAAAUAACACAAUAAUAAUAUCACAUUUUUAUAACAAUUACUGGUAUUUGGAGAAGUGCCAAAUUAAAUGUAACUGUGUAUUUAUCUCAAACUAUAUAUCACAUUAUCUAAAAUACAUACAUAGGCUACAGUAUAGAUGCUAUAGAGACUAUGUCAUUUCAUAUACACCAAUGCAAUUAUUAGUAACCGUGAUUCCAAAAAAUAAAUAUAUUUCAUGCA